AUGUCAGAAGAGGAGAGCGGAACGAUAGCAACACUAAAAAUAUUGAUAGUUGGAGAUAGCGGUGUUGGGAAAUCGAGGUUUGAUACAUUUAUUUCAUUCAAUGCGAAACAGUUUUCAGGUGUGGAUUUUCGGGUUGCUCAUAUGUCUGUUGACGGGAACCGUGUUAAACUAGCUAUUUGGGACACUGCUGGUCAGGAGCGGUUUCGUACUUUGACUCCUAGUUACUACCGGGGUGCGCAAGGUGUCAUAUGUGUGUAUGAUGUCACCAACAGGUCAACUUUUGAUCAUUUAACUCACUGGAUGGUUGAAGUUGACACCUACUCGACGAAAUCGGAUGCUGUUAAGAUGCUCGUUGGCAAUAAAAUUGACAUGGGAGGGCUUAAUUUUAAAGUUACACGUGAAGAAGGAUUAGCAUUUGCGAAGAAGCACAGAAUGUUGUUUAUUGAGGCAAGUGCGAAAACUCGUGAAGGAGUGCAGUGUGCAUUUGAGGAACUUAUUGAAAAGAUCAUUCAAACCCCCGGUCUGUGGGAGGCUGAGCGCACAACCUCCAGGUUAAACGUGUUAGGAGAAGGUUCCGGAUCUGCAGCGGAAAAUUCGAGUUGUUCGUGUUGA